AUGCCACCGGCGGCUUGUCCGGUUACUCAAAACGGUCUGGUCCACCUACUCGAGUACCACGGGAGCGGCAAGACCACACUGCUCAACGAGCUGCUCAAGAGCGCUGCGGCGGGCAGCCUGCGCGUGGGUGUGCUGGUCAACGAGUUUGGGUCGAUCGAUAUCGACUCGUCGCUCGUUGACACCUCCUCCAGCGUCGCGAGCGGCACCGUCCAGCUCGCAAACGGCUGCGUCUGCUGCACGAUCAACGGCUCGCUCCUCGACGCGCUCUCCCAACUCCUUGCCGACCGCGGGCGGUCGCUCGACGCGCUUGUGCUCGAGACGUCGGGCGUGGCCGACCCCGAGCCUAUCCUCGAGACGCUGCGCCAGCCAGAGCUAGCAGCCUCCGUCCGCCUCGACGCGGUCGUCACGGUCGCCGACGCGGGGCGAGUCGCCGCCUCGGCCUCCGCCUCCGCCUCUGCCUUCUCCUCCUCUUCGGGCGGAGGCGGCGUCGGUUGCGCGCCCGGCGCAGCGUCGGUGGAGCUGCGGCUGGCGGACGUCGUGGUGCUCAACAAGGCGGACCUGGCGUUCGAGGCGCUGCGCACGAGCGCCGCGUGGGCGCCUGUGCUGCGGGCGAAGGGCUUCCUCCGCUUUGCAGAGCUCACGCUGCAGAUGUGCGGUCCGCGCCUCGAGGCGCCGCUCACGGCGGAGCAGUGUGGUGCUUCGGUGCGCCUCCUCGAGGAGCUGCGGAGGUGCGAGGUGCAGCACGAGGCGCAGCACGAGGCGCAGCUCUCCGCCGCCGGGGCGGAGGGCGGCUGCGAGGACGGCGUGCGAAAGUACCGCGAAGGCAUGAGUGACGACGCCGACGCGGAGGCGUGCUUUGCGUGCGACAGCGAGCGGUCCGAGCCGGCGACGGAGGGGGAGGUGGUGCCGCCGGAGGGGGAGGUGGUGCCGCCGCCGAGCGAGCCGGAGGCGGCGUCGCCGGCGGAGGAGGCCGCGGCGACGUUCGCGCGGCGGGUGCGUGCCGACCCUCGCUUCGAGGUGCUGUGGGUGCGGGGCCGGCUCGUCUGCUUCCGGCUGGUCGCGUGGUACUCUGCCGAGGCGGAGACGCUCAACGCGGAGCUGCUCUCCGAGGUGAACGCCUCUGUCAGCGGCUCUGGCCGCAGCUGGAUCGCGCCGACGCGCGAGGGCAGCGGCGACGACGGCGGAGGCGGGCGGGACUCCCUCUCGCUGCUCCACGCUAGCGGCCCCCGCACCAGCCCCGCCGUCUGCUGGGCGGAUGUCAAGGCGGCGACCGAGCGUGUGAUGCUGCGCCACAUGGGCGAGUUCGUGUGCGGCGGGUGCGAUUGCCUCGACACGCUCGCCGGGCAGGUUCUCGUGUGAAGCGGUGUCCCUGUCUCCCGCACCACACACGGAGACAUUUUUAUCGAUUUUAGAGCCGUCCGAU